UAGAGCCACUGUUCAGGGACAGCCUUCCCUUGCUAACGAAGCAGAGACUUUCCCUCUGGGAGUUUUUCUUGCAUUUACAAAAUGAUGACUAUUUCUUUGAUUUGGGCAAUUGCUGUGAUAGUGUGCUGUUGCAUAUGGUUUAUCAUUGGAAUAAGGAGAAGGAAAGCAGGUGAACCUCCUUUGGAGAAUGGGUUGAUUCCGUAUGUUGGCUGUGCUCUGAAAUUUGGAUCCAAUCCCCUUGAGUUUCUGAGAGCAAAUCAAAAGAAACAUGGGCAUGUUUUUACCUGCAGACUAAUUGGGAAAUAUGUCCACUUCAUCACAGACUCCUUGUCAUACCAUAAGGUGUUAUGUCAUGGGAAAUAUUUUGACUGGAAAAUAUUUCAUCUCACUACUUCUUCAAAGGUAUUUGGACACAGACCCCUUUAUAGAAAUACCACAGAAAAUGUAAGCGCCACUUUUACCAAAACCCUCCAGGGAGAUGCUUUGAGUUCACUGUCUGAAGCCAUGAUGAAAAACCUCCAAUCCGUCCUGAGGCCUCCUAGCCUUCCUAAAUCAAAGAGUGCAGCCUGGGUUACAGAAGGGAUGUAUGCCUUCUGCUCCCGCGUGAUAUUUGAAUCCGGGUAUCUAACGCUGUUUGGCAGGGACGUUUCAAAGGCAGACACACAAAGAGCGCUUAUUCUAAAUAGCCUUGACAACUUCAAACAGUUUGACCAAGUCUUUCCGGCGCUGGUGGCGGGCUUCCCUAUUCACUUCUUCAAGACCGCACAUAAAGCCCGGGAAAAGCUGGCUGAGGGCCUGAAGCACGAGAACCUCUCUGUGAGGGACCAGGUCUCUGAACUGAUCCGUCUGCGCAUGUUUCUCAACGACUCUCUCUCCACCUUUGAUGACAUGGAGAAGGCCAAGACACACCUUGCUGUCCUCUGGGCAUCUCAAGCAAACACCAUUCCUGCCACUUUCUGGAGCUUGUUUCAAACGAUCAGGAAUCCUGAUGCCUUGAAAGCAGCCUCUGAAGAGGUGAAUGGAGUAUUACAGAGUGCUGGCCAAAAGCUCAGCUCUGGAGAGAAGGUCAUUCAUUUGGAUCAAGAGCAACUGAACAACUUGCCAGUGCUAGAUAGCAUCAUCAAGGAGGCUCUGAGGCUUUCCAGUGCAUCCCUGAAUAUCCGGACAGCUAAGGAGGAUUUCACUCUACACCUUGAGUAUGGCUCCUAUGACAUCCGAAAAGAUGACCUCAUAGCUCUUUACCCACAGUUAACACAUUUGGACCCUGAAAUCUACCCAGACCCUUUGACUUUUAAGUAUGAUCGUUUCCUUGAUGAAAACAGGAAGACAAAGACCACCUUUUAUAGCAAUGGAAAUAAGCUAAAGUAUUUCUACAUGCCUUUUGGAUCAGGAGCGUCAGUGUGCCCAGGAAGACUAUUUGCUAUCCAACAAAUCAAGCAAUUUUUAAUCCUGAUGCUUUCCUACUUUGAAGUAGAGUUGGUGGAGAGCUGCGCCACAUGUCCCCCUCUAGACCAGUCCCGGGCAGGCUUGGGGAUUUUGCCACCAUUAAAUGAUAUUGAGUUUAAAUAUAAACUGAAACACUAUGACAUGUGGUUGGAAGAAGAGUUCGCUGGAUGA